AAGACCAAGGCCAACGCAACGCAACGCAACAGUAGGCUAUAUAUACUCAUCCACACAUGCUCAACUACCUCUCCUUCCCCAUUCCGGCCGGCACACACGCAUACAUACUCUCGCCUAGCUCUAGAUUGUCUACCGACGACAGACGCACAUGGAGCAGCAGGAGGAGGCGCCGACGUCGACGACGACGGUGGCGCUGGCCACGUCACCCAAGCCGGCGCCGGCGAGCAACGGCUGCAAGAAGCUGCCCUCGCGGUUCCGGCGGGUGUGCGUGUUCUGCGGGAGCAGCCCGGGGAGGAAGCCGGCGUACCAGCUGGCCGCCGUGCAGCUGGGGCAGCAGCUGGUGGAGCGCGGCAUCGACCUGGUCUACGGCGGCGGCAGCGUGGGCCUCAUGGGCCUGGUGUCCCGCGCGGUGCACGGCGGCGGCGGGCGCGUGACGGGCGUCGUGCCCCGGUCGGUGCUCCCGCGGGAGCUCAUCGGCGAGACGCCCGGCGGGGAGGAGGUGAAGGCCGUGUCCGGCAUGCACCAGCGCAAGGCCGAGAUGGCCCGCCGCGCCGACGCCUUCGUGGCGCUCCCCGGCGGCUACGGCACGCUGGAGGAGCUGCUGGAGGUGAUCACCUGGGCGCAGCUCGGCAUCCACGACAAGCCCGUGGGCCUGCUCAACGUGGAGGGGUACUACGACUCGCUGCUGGACUUCAUCGACCGGGCCGUCGACGAGGGGUUCGUGUCGCCGGCGGCGAGGCACAUCAUCGUCGCCGCGCCCACGCCCGGCGAGCUGCUGGCGGCGCUGGAGGAGUACGCGCCGGCGCACCACGACGCGUCCGCCGUGAAGCUCAGCUGGGAGUCGUCCGUGGACACCAUGGCAUGCUCGCCCACCAAGCCGGACAUCUCGCGCUAGCCGGCCGGAUCAACUCACCAUCACCAGCCAACAACCCAAGAUUAUAUUAGUUGACAAACGAAACACGCACAUAUAUACUCCUAGAUUAUAUAUAUAUAUAUAUACCCAUUACCAUCCAACCAAACCGUAUAUACUACAGUACUGCUGCUACUUAAUUUGUAAAUACUCUAGACAUCCGAGAUUAAUCAAUUAGAUCUCAUAUCAUUCUGUGGCUUUUCAUUCUUGUGUAUGCAAAAUACUUUUAUACUUCCAUUCAA